GGGUGACUCGGUGUCGGACUCAGCGUGGCCUCGGCUACGCCCCCACUUCCUGCAGAGGUGCAGGCUCCGCCUGCCGCGCGGGGCAGGAAGGGGGGUCGCACUGGGACCCUCCCCGGGCUGGGAAGGGGCAGGAAAGGGGAGGGGCGCGCAAAGAAUGUGCGGAAGCGCCUGUUUACCCGGGGGUGGGGCGGGCUCCCCAGCCCUGCCCUGACCUCCUCCCCCCAAGUGGACCAGGAGCUCCCACGCCCACACCCCGAGAGGCCGUAGGAGGUCACGGGGCGGAGCGGGGUGCGUGCUUUGAGCCCAGCGGAGCUGCCUGGCAGGCCCGGCCUGUGCAGGUUGGGCUCCCCACACCGGCCGCCCUGCGGAAGCUGCUCCCCUCCAGCCCCCACCCGCUCCGAGGCGCCCAGACGCCAGAGCCCUCCCGGUGCCCAGAGCCGGGGGAUUCCCAGGUUGGGGGGCAGUGCCGAGAAGUGCCCCGCCCCCUCCGCUUUCCUGAGACUCCAACCGGGAAACUGAGUCACAGACAGCAGCCUUUGCCCGUGACCUUAGCAGGAAGAGAUCCUCCGCAGACCCCCACACCGCUCCGGCGAAACACGCGCCCCAGGCCCACAGAACGCGGCCCGCAGCCCCCUGGGACCAGCCCCGGAGCCUCCGCAGCCCCGGACCAGGUCCUACCUCUCUUCUUGGAGUUCAUGGCCAUGCUGACCACAGUGCUGCUGAGUUGUGCCCUGCUGCUGGCAAUGCCCACCGGGCAGGGGGCCCAGAUGGGCUUGGCUCCCCUGGAGGGCAUCGGAAGGCCUGACCAAGCCUUGUUCCCAGAGCUCCAAGGCCUGGGCCUGCAGCCCCCGCUGAAGAGGACAACGGCAGAACAGGUGGAAGAGGCUCUGCUGCAGGAGGCAGAGGCCAAGGCCUUGGCAGAGGUGCUAGAUCCGGAAGGACGCAAGCCGCGCUCCCCGCGUCGCUGCGUAAGGCUGCACGAGUCCUGUCUGGGACACCAGGUACCAUGCUGCGACCCAUGUGCCACGUGCUACUGCCGUUUCUUCAACGCCUUCUGCUACUGCCGCAAGCUGGGUACUGCCGCGAACCCCUGCAGCCGCACCUAGUUGGCCGACGUCGGGGUCGGGGCUGGGGCAGGGGAGCGACAAUAAAGGAUGGGACCAACCCCAGGGUUGUGGCGUUAUUUCGAACGUGACCGUCGGA